AGCGCCUAAAAGAUCAACCGCAUCCCCAUCCCCAUCCCCAUCCCCUCGAAACCUCGCGCCGCCUUUCCCCUCCCUCCCUCUCUCGUUCAUCAGCCGUAGCUCGACCAAUUGCACUUCAUUCGACCGAUAGCAGCGCGCGGCUCGUCGCAUCAUCGCCGCACUUAACUCACGCCGCCGCUGCUGCCUACACCUAGUGAGCCCAUUUUGCUGCUCGAAGUGGCACCCGAUUAGUUGAAGAUUUUUUAAAUAAUAUUAGGAGCCUUUUCAAUUUUCUGCACUUGGGAUGAUUCUUUAUUUUGUUAUUUUUCGUUUUGCUAUUUUUAAUUAAGAACCUUACAGUAGUAGUGGUAGUGGUAGUAGAAGUGGAACCGUAUGCAAACUAGAAUCACGCACGAAACAGGCAGUGAUGGUGUCGCCGCACGGUAUUCUACUCGCCGCCCAUGUCAUCUCGUCCUUCUACGGAGAACUGUGCUGUAAAGUAUGCGAGUGUUUGCUCCGCAGAGGAACCCUAAAACUAGAUGAAAUUGUUCGUUUCACGGAGCUCUCCAGACAAAAUGUUGUCAAUUGUUUACGGGUUUUAAUACACCAAAACUGUGUUCAAGCCUUCCAAAUUGAGCAAGAAGGUGCUAAGGCACUGAGGACUACCCAGUAUAUGGUGUUAUUUGACAACAUUAUGCAUAAAUUAAGGGCCACCAAAUUUAUGCAAAUAGUAUCUGAGGAGCUCGGUGAAGAUUGUCGAGGAAUAAUUGUUGGGUUGAUUCAACACGGGAGGCUUUCCUUAGAUCAGAUUAUAGAUAGAGAAAAGCAGAAAACAGGUAGUUUUGAUGAUCAGGUUGUGCAUGCUUGCUUCAGGAAACUUUUGAGUGCCCGGUUUAUUGAGCGCUGCCCUGUGCCUGGGCCACUCGUUACUCCACCUACUGAUGAUGCUCCUGCCAAGAAGAAGGGUGCCAAGUCAGCAAAGAUUGCAGAACAGAAGACCAUAGAGCAGCUUGCUUUGGAAGCUGCUGCGCCUGUGGAGUCUAUGAGAUUUUCAAUGGACAUGGGUGAUAUUUCUGAGGAAAAGGGCGAGGAAAGUACUGAGAGCCCAACAGUAGGCAGGAAGCGUAAGGCUGUUGUUUUGGACUCUGAUGACGAUGUAUUGGAUGCCAAUAGAAAGAUUGAAGUUCUUUGGCGUGUUAAUUUUGAAGAAUUUUUGUGGCGCCUGCUGCAUAAGGCUUGUAUUUCAUAUGUGAAAACAAGGAUUAACAAUGAAGCAAGCAUUGUGCUGAGUGCAAUUUUGGAUUUAAGUGGACGAUCAGAGACUCGACUGAAGGCUGAUAAAUCUCCUUAUCUGUCCAUAAAUGAUAUAUAUGAUGAGGUGAUAAAAAAAGAUGGUGGUGUUGGCAUGGAUCUUGAGCGUGUCCAAACUUCACUUGAACAGCUUGGUUGUCAAACACUCUCAACAGAUAUAGAAAGCUACAGUGUUGAUAUAAAAAGCAUUGUUCAGAUGGCUCAAAAUGAAGAAGUGGAGUCUAUGAUUUUGAAAAGAUAUGGGAGGGAGGCCUACAGGAUAUUUAGGCUAGUGUCAAAGGCUGGCCGUCUUGUUGAGACUGACAAGAUUUCAGACUCUACAUUUGUUGAGAAGAAAGAGACUACCAAGAUACUCUUCCAGCUCUGGAAAGAUGAAUAUUUACACAUGGAGAGUAUUGCUACGGUUAGGCCGCCAUCAUUUUAUCUAUGGAAAGUGGAUCCACACCGUUACCGGAAAAAAUUUCUUGAUGAAAUGUACCACGCUGUUCUAAAUUUGAGACUGAGAAUCACACACGAGCAAGACCAAAGAAAAGAUGUUCUUCAAAUACCUAAGGAUAAGCUUGUCGGGGAACUGAGGGAUAAAGUUAUGGUGUACAGAAUAGUCAGGGCUACAUUGGAGCGUUCCUUGAUGGAUCUAGAUGAUGCAGUCGCGUUGUUUCAUCAUUUCUGAGGGCUCUCUGAUAAAUUAAACUAGAAAGAUGAAGCAAUGAAGAGAGCAGCAAAAGAGGUGUCGAGGAAAUAUAUGCUUAUUUUUUUAUUAUAAUUUUGCAGGCCAUUCAAUUCCUAAUAUACAUCUUUUUUUGUGUGUCCAAUUUAUAAGUUUUGCGGUAGGAUAUUGCUACAGUCUUGCAAAGGUUAAUUUCAACUUUUAUUUUUCUUCUCGUAUUUUAUUGACAUCAAAUGCAUGUGUAUAUGAAAUACUCCAUGUAAUAGUUUCAUCAUAUUAUACAUUCGCUGUCUCCAGAUACGUCAUCAACCUUUUGUCUGGCUUAUAAGUUAUAAAUGCCCCUUUUUAUCUU